AUGCGCGGCAGACGGGCGUCUGGUUACGCAGAAGAUCGGCGCAGAGUUUGCGCGGACGAGGCGAACGCCAAGCAGCUCCGGGAUCGCGUCGCGCAGAUGGCGCGCGACGCAGGAGAUGAAGCCACUGCUAGCAGACUGCUGAAGACCGGGCGAGAAGCUUACCCGGGCUUCGACGAAAUGAAUUAUUUCUGCGAGGUCUUGGGCGGGCAGAUCGUUGUCGAGCACUACGAGGACACGAAGAACUCUGUUCAGAGCGUUUACGGCGACGGCCCGUUGGUAGCGCUUUUUCGGCUGCACAAGCAGUCCGGUGACGGUGGGCACGUGGUCGAUCAUUGGUCUUGCUUGCAGAGUUGGAUUCCGCGAGCCCCAGGAGUCGCCGCGCACGAGAGCGAGCUCGAGGAUGCGCCCGCCGAUCCGGUCGCCGACAACAGCUCCAUGCAGCGACGAUUGAAGCUUCCAGGCGCUGCUACAUGCAAUGCGGAAUUCGACGAAUUCCUUAUGGACGUAGACAGCGAGCGGAGCUGGCUGGAAGGUUUAGAGGCAGACCCUGACCCGCCUGCUCAGAGCACACUCGUGCAGACGGAGGCGGUGAAGGCAUUCAUAGAGAAGCAUCACGCAUCAUGGGAUCCGUACCUGAAGCGGAUUGCCCUCGGAGCGCUGGCCAUGUAUCGAUGUCGACUAUCCGAUAUCUACGUCCGAGAGUACGUCAUGAUGAUGCACAUCAUACUUGGCGGUGACUACCUCGUCGCCCAUGACGGGGUCAUGUAUUUUUGGAAUGGGAAUACGAGGUUCUUCGAGAAGUACGAGGGUCUCAUGCCAGAGAUUGUCUAUGCUGCUCUGAAAGAGUACCUCUUGACUUUGGAAGGGCUUUUCCGGUCUUUCACAGGCGAGGUUCGGCGGGACGACGAGACCGCGAUGCUCGCCAUCGAGGGGCCGUUGGAGAAGAGUGGGCCGGAUGCUCGGAAGGCGUUCGCCGCGUGGCGCGACAACGCCAUCUCCAACAAAGGAGGCAAAGGCGGUGGCAAGGGCCAGGGCGGCGGCAUGGGAGGCGCGGGAGACUCUGCAGUUGAACUCGAAGCUCUCACGCAGAUGGAGCCCCACGAACUGGAUGGCGAUGUGCCUGCGCCUGCGCCGGCGGACGAAGGCGUCGCGCGCGGCGCGCCGUGGUACAUAACGAUCGCAGUGAGCGUUGCUCGAGUUGGACGAAGCUUACAGAUACAGAUGAUUCAGAACAAAUUGCCGUCGUUUUACUGCGAGUGGUGCGAGACUCCGCGCCCCUCGCGCAGGGGCGUCGCCCACCCCGACAUCGCGUUCGUCUACGACCAGGGCGGAACCCCGAUCCAGCAGAUCGCGACGGAGAGUGAACGCAAGAGCAUAUACAUCGGCAUACCGCACAAAAUCAAAGCUUACUUGGGCGACCCAGUGUUGAAGGCGGCCGCGACGAGAGUGGACCAGUUCUACAGGCAGACAUUCUGGGCAAAUGCCGCCGCGCACAAAGUGUGCAUGGCCGCCCUCGCUCUGGCGAAGAGAGGGUUGAACGUCGACCAGCUGUUCUUCUUCUGGGGGGCCGGCGGCGUCGGGCUCUCCCUGACGACGGCCCACCUCGACGCCAUGCUCGGGCACUCCAACCACAAGUAUUUUGACCCGCAGACGGUGGAGUCGCUCAAAGGCACGAUCGUGCUCACGGCGCAGGAGAAGCCAGAAGGCUUGAGGAAGAGCUUCCGGGAGGACUUGUUCAAGAAGCUGGCGUCUGCCGACGGCAUAUUUGGUCGACUCCCGUAUCAGAUUUUGACAAAAGUUAUUUACUUGGUCGGGUGGAAACGCAUGGAGCUGAACAAGCUCAUCACCUUCGACGGAGUCUCUGAGGGUGCAUUCCACGCCAUCUACCGGAGGUCUCUUCUGAUCAAGGUUUGGGCUCGGUUCGUUGAUGCGGAGUACAUCAGGCGCGUCCUGCCGGACGCAGAGAAGUACGGCAUCUUCCCGCGGGCGCCGGAUUUGAAGCCGUUCAUGCAGUCGGGGCCCGCCAUCGCCGCUGGUCUGCAACGACAGCUGGGCUUCGAACGGAAACAUGGCGAAGCGGCAUCGAGGUCGUUGAUAGAUGACUACUGCCUGCGCGGAGGGGAUAACGGGAUCACGGAGAAAUACAUGCGACAGGCGUGUCUUCUCCCGGAACCGAGCCAGCCGAAGCUUAGCGGCCAGAGCAGCGCGGCUGCCCCGCCGCCCGGCGUCGACUUCGACAUCGGAGCGGGCGGCUCGCAGGAUGCGGUGGCGCCCAUGGAUUCCUUGCGCCGCCACCUACUCCAGCAGAUGCUCGACCGGAGGUUCGACGCCCUGACAUUCUCGUAUUACAAGCAGCUCCAUACAGUGCAGAUCCAAGGCUUGCCUGAAAAGAGAGCAACAGCGUGGCAAGCGAUGGCCUCCGCCGGAUGGUCAAAAGCUGGGUCGCAAGGCAAGGCGAAGGAGAGACUCCUGCCGAAAUUGUCCUUCGCUCGCAAGUUCAUCGACAUCGUGCCGACGCCAGACUUGGAGGAGCCGACCGUGCUCCCAGAACAGUGGGACCGCGCGGCGCUGCUGCGCUAUGCGAACGGCCACGCCUGCCGCAAGCGCAACGCCGAGACCAUGGUGGCGGUGCUAGGGUCCGUGGCAAAGCCGCGCGGGCGGAAAAGCCGCGCAGGUUCCGUCGAGGCGGGCGGCGACGCUCAUCUGCGCGAGGUCGGCAUGUCCGUCCAGGCGGCGGAGGCAACUCUGGAAGCGAUGCUGGAGAGCGCGCGCGAGAGGCCGACGGUGACCACCGCCGAUCAACCAGGUGGGGUGAAGAAGAGGAGGCUCCCUCCGAAGAGGGCCGUGAGCGGCGGCAGCGACUUGGCGGAGCGCAGGAUCCCUUACAAAUACAAGCGCACUGCGGCCCGUCGCUUCGCGGAUGUCCCGGCAGCGCAGGGCUGCCCGGCCCGCGUGCUACAUCCGAUGUUGCAGGGCACUGUAGAUCUCGACAUCCACAGCGCGGUUCUGACAAUCGCCUGGCAACUCGUGGAGAAGAUGGACAUGGCGGAGAAGAAUCUGUUCAGAGAGGAGUUGGAAUUGUUGAAGCAGCUGGCCGAGGACAGAGACGAGGUAAUGCAGAAGGAGUUGGCGAGCAUGGGGCACCAGGCGGCCAAGCGCUUCGUGCUCGAGACCAUCGGCGGGUCCGGCGCUUUCGACGUCGACGCCGAGCCCUUCGCCAAAAAGUUGCAGCGCGUCAGCCGCGUGCUGCGCUGGGUGGCGUGCUCUGCGUUGCCCGAUGUAUACGAAGACUUUUCCAGUGACGCCGAGCUUCGCGACGACAAGAAAAAAGAGAAAUGGCCGGAGGGGCAGACGUUCUCCACUUUCUACCAGCGCGCAGAGGAUUACAUUCUCCGCCAGUGGCAGACGUGGGUGCUCAUGCAGCCGGUGAUGCAUUUAUCGCUGCACUUCGACGGCGUGAGGAUCAACAGGGACGCGGUGUUCGCCAGGCAUACCACGGUGGCGGACUACGCCGCUGGAGCCAGUGCCUACAUCGCGCAGGAAACAGGCUUCGUCGUAAAGAUCAAAGAGAAGACCCAUCCGACGGUCGAAGAGGCGCUGAUAAGCUGCACGGCGCGGCGGCCCCUGGAGGCGGCCGCAGCGCCUGGCGACUUGCAGAAGCCUGGCAAUGGUAUCCUGUUGGCGCUGUGGCGGUGCGGCGACGCCAGGGUGUCCGCGUCCGUUCUCUCUCUCGCAGGCGCCUCGUCAGUAGAGAACAAUGCCGCCAGCGUCGAGAAAGGGAGAACUUACGGGGAGUGUUGCCUGAGUCACAAGGUUUCGGUGGCGCCCCAUUUAGGUUUCGAUGCGCGCGAGGACGGGCAUUAUCUGCUCCACUUGGAUGGAGACGGAUCGCCGUCUUGCGCACUCCUGCACGUGGCGACCGCGCUCGACAAGGUGUCGGCUUAUUUUAAAGAUCAUGCUGGAGAGGUGGGUUUGUCAGAUGUCCAUGACGCCGUCCUCGCGGGGCGAGACUCGAGGCUAGCAGUCACGUUUCGCAUUGAUUUGUGCCCGGCGGCGCAGGGGGCCGCCGAAGGCGGCGACGACUCCAGCCCCUUGGCAGGGCUCUCGGGCUUGAUGGCGUGA